UUCAACACCGACCGGGGGGUUCUGGGAAAGUUUUUAGCCAAUCACUGGCGAGUUAAAGUGAAUGUAACCAAUGGCAACACCGGAGGAGUUCAAUCCGGAAGUAGAUACUUUUGUACUGUGAGAGAGCCUCCUGCUCUCCUCCACACACCAGCACAUUUGGACGCUGCGAUGGCCAAGUGGCUGAAAGACUACCUGAGCUUUGGCAGCAGGAAGGUUCCUCCACAGCCGCCCACACCAGACUACACAGAGAGCGAGAUCCUCAAAGCGUACCGGCUCCAGAGGGACAUGGACUUUGAAGAUCCAUAUGAGGACUCGGAAAGCAGAUCCAGGGGCGAGUCUGGGACUUCUGACCCCGCCACACCUGUGUACAGUUCUCCCAUGAAGUCUUCCACUGUGGACGUGAAAUCCCCCAAACAUAGACUGAUCAAAGUGGACUCUCAGGAGCUGGGCCGCACAAAGAUCCUCCUCAGUGCCGUGUCUUUAGAUGACCAGCAAGAGCCUGUGGUGCCGUCUGCUCCACUGGCAGGGGACACAGAUUAUUCGGACCCGUUCGAUGCUCGCAUGAACCACAGGUCAGAACCGGACCUCAGAACGGUUCCCUGCGAGAACAACGGCUACAUGGAACCGUACGAGGCCCAGAGGGUCAUAACAGAACUGCAGCGUGGUCCAGGAGGAGGACGGUCGCGGGGCGAGGUUCAGCUCUACGACACCCCCUAUGAAGAUGAGCGAGGACGGCGCCUGGGUCUGUUGUACGGAGAUGCUCAGGAGGAGGGCAAGGAGAGCAGCAGGCUGCCGCAGGAUGACGAGAGGCCGGCUGAUGAGUACGACCAACCCUGGGAGUGGAAGAAGGAUCACAUCUCCAAAGCUUUUGCAGAAAUGAGGGAUUUGUCCGAGUUGCCCUGGCCCGCCCCGGUGGGUCAUCUGGAGGAGGAGCCCACCGCCAGAGAGCAAGUGCAGUUUGACGGCGCAGAUUGGGACCGCUCCUCAUCGCCCACGGAUCGGCUUCGUCCUCCGGGGCCCAGGUCCAGCCCGCUGGCAGGAGGGGGGAUGAAGUUUCGGAUGCCCCAGGAAUGCCUCACUCUGGUGGGGGAGAGAGUGGACGCUACGCUGCCUCUGGAGAAGCAGGUGUGGUACCACGGUGCACUGUCUCGCUCAGAGGCAGAGUCGCUGCUAACGCUGUGUAAAGAGUGUAGCUACCUGGUGAGGAACAGUGAGAAUAACCGCUCUGAGUAUUCCCUCUCCCUACGGAGCUGCCAGGGUUUCAUGCACAUGAAGUUCACCCAGUAUAAAGACGGCAAGUAUGUGCUGGGACAGAACAGCCCUCCCUUUGACACCAUCCCAGAAGUCAUCCACUUUUACACCACGCACAAACUCCCGAUCCGAGGUGCCGAGCAUCUGUCCCUGCUGUUCCCCGUGCUGGUGCAGACACUCUGACGCUCCUCCUGGACGUCAUUGUGAUCGGACACGUAAACUUUGAAUGUUUGACUGGAUCAUCCCAAGCUCUCUUUCUUGUCAGACUUUUUGAUGAUUCAACACACCAGGGGCAAAUGCCCUCACCCACCACUGCUGUUGUACCUGUGCCAAGUGACUCUAACAUCCGGAGGAGAUCGAUUCACAUGAAAUGCAAAACCUGAACUUUGGGCCACCUCUGCUGUAACUCCCUCUCAUCUCUGACUGAACUGAGGGAGCUGGCUGCAGGACAUGUGAAAUCCUCCCUUUUUCUUUCUUACAUAGCUGACUGAAAUGCAGAGGAGGUAAGCAGAGCUGGGAGAAAAGUCUGUAUAUUCUGGAUGUACUGAUGCCCCAGGAGACCUGCAGGAGAUUUGGAUUUAUUACUGCUGUUCAACAAAAAACACCUCAUUGACACUGGUAGAAAAUAUUGCUGUUGUUAGGGGAAAACCUCACUAAUGGUGUUUUGCAGAUUUUUCAUGUUUAUAUGGAUCUUCACAUUGUAUAAGAUAACCCUUUUCAACCUCAGGUUUGGCAAACCCUGUUGUUAGAUGUUGGAUAAUUCACAAAACAGCAGCUAUUUUCAAUUAUAAAGGUUUUUUACUAACAGCAGUUAUAUUUCAGAUGGUUUUCUACACAGAGACACACACUUCUGUUCUUCACUGUCCCGCUGCUGUACGUUGAGGAUUAGCUUGACUCCGUGUUACUUGUGAGCAACAGGGAAGAUGUGUUGUAUCGGUACUUGUGUUGACCUCCUUGACCUGUAUCUCUUCUCGUUGCUUGCCUUGCAUUCAGUAGACAAUGCUGGGUUUGUUAAAGAAAAAAAGAAAUCCUGUCAAUGCUGUCUUUUAUUGACGUUUAGCUUGCAAGCUGAGCUGCAGGCUACGUCUGAAGCUAAGAGAUACUAAUCAGGAAACAUUCUCAAAACAAUCUCUAAAACUUUGCCACGUUCUCACACUUCCUACAUAUUCAAGCUCAGAUUUCUCGUCUCUCCGAGUCAAUACAUGCUGCUUGGUGCGAUGUAUUUGAGUCGCAUGCCAUCUGGAUUUGGAUCCCAUGUCUGCUGCCUGGUUGCAGCAUUGUGUGGCAAAAACAGUUUUUAGAAAAGAGCCAAUUCAAACACAUUCAUGACAAUUAGAAAUGAGCGAUGGAAAAUUACUCAAAUCAUCAGUUGUUUUUCCAGAGCUGGGUUUUGUUCAUUAUUAUUAUGGCCAAUAAGAGAGGACAGGGUGUUCAAUUUACUCGAUAAUUGAAGCAUCUCAUUUGUUUUAAAUGUUGAUUCUACAUUUACGUAGAUCACUGCUUCCCAACCUGAGGGCUGG